AUGAUGAUGUCUGAGAGUAGUAGUUCUAGCUGUAGUCGGAGGCAACGGUUACUUAACAUGAUGAGAACAACGAAAGACGUUUACAUCCCCGCGGUUCAGAAUUCACUAUCACAGGCAAAGCUGUCGCUUAAGAACUACUACAAUAGCUAUGAGGAGUCUGGGGAGACUCUCCCCUUCGACAGGUCUAUUAUGGAGGUUAGUGACCGGGAGUUGCAGCUUAUAUGCUAUCCGUCCUAUACAAGGAUAGGGACUGACAAGUCUUACGUUACGGAGGUGCGUGGGAUGGUCUAUACGAAUGGUAAGAUGAACAGGAGGAACCGGUUAAUUUUCUCUAUUUGCAAGCAGCUUAUCAAGCCAACGGCUUCACCGGACAUUGAGAAGGAGCUUGAAAGCGUGCUUGUCGAUGAUUCCAUAGGGAGCAAGGACACACUCUGCUCGUCGGCGACUGUGAACAGCAGCGAUUCUUCGUCGGUAUCCUCGUCAUUUUCUGCGGGGUCCAACUCAACUGCCACUAGCCAGCACUUCCAGGAGGAGAUUCUUCGUGAGCGCCUUGCUGGCUUUUUGAACAAGACGAUUCCCAGAAUGCCCAUAAUCGUGGAUCUUGUGGACAGGGAUGGGAACCAGGAGACGGAAUUCACUAGCACGGACGAGUAUGGGUUGUUUCAAAUCCACACCAAUACAUCUUUUUUGCCAAGGAUGAUACGAGUUACUGUUGAUGUUAGCACACCAAUAUCUACUAGGUACGACACGAAUUUGAUCGAGGACUCCGGAAUUGCGGUUAUUAGUGAUAUAGAUGAUACAAUAAAACAUACAGGGGUGGUAGGCGACAAGCGUUCUGUAUUCUGCAAUGUGUUCGUGAACAGCUUCAGCACAUGGUUAAUCAGGGGGAUGUCUUUGUGGUAUAACACGUUGAAGGACUCUGAGAACGUGGACUUCUUUUAUGUUUCAAACUCCCCAUACCAGAUAUAUCCGACAUUGAGGCAAUACAUAUCCAACGAGUACCCUAUGGGUCCUAUAUUCUUAAAGCAAUACGCCGGCAACCUACUCUGCAGCUUAAUCUCCUCAUCUGCCAAAUUGAAGAUUCCAUCGAUUGCGCAAAUUUGCAGCGACUUCCCUAACAAGAAGUUCAUCUUAGUAGGGGAUUCAGGCGAAGAGGACCUAGAGGCAUAUGUGGCAACAGCCAGAAAUUUCCCCAGUCAAAUCAUAGGUAUAUACAUUCGCAGCUGUAAGGAAUCGAUGAGCGACGAUCCGGCAAAGGAUUGGGCUGUUAUGGACGAACUAAAUUCGAUUAUAUCUGAGAAGUACCUUUCUGUAAUACGCAGAAAUACAUCUGGAAAGAACAAGAAGAAGAUAUCUCCUCCUAUACCACCGAAGAAAAUACGCAUUACCAAGGAACAAGAAGAAGACAUUAAGAAAUCCAAACUAUUGUGCUCUAACACGCGUUUGGAUAAAAUACAUUCACCAAAGACUGCAUCGCCAUUAAUACAUUCCAUUAAUGAAACAAAAGGACAGCCGCCAUGCGCGGUUAACAUUCCACCGCAGGUCCCUCCAAGACAUUGUUCAAGGCAAUCUCUAUCUCAAUCUCCAACAGAAACAACAAAGAGUGCCAUUGCAUUACAACAACAGGAUGACUAUGCGCUAUAUUCAUUGUCUUUGGAUAACAAGGCAGAGGAGUGGAAGAUUAGAUUGAUCAAAGCAAUCAAUACCUUGCUGGACAGUGGAGUAGAGGCAAGAUUCAUGUUUUUUAAGGAUGCUGAUAUUUGCAUUGAGGACAGUAUUUCAAAGAUUAGGUCUAUCAAAGAGUAA